AUGCAUCAUACAUAGCCUUGUAGCCCUCCUGAACCGAUUUUCUCACACAAUGCGUUAGAGGGAAAGGUUAAUCUCCAUUUCAACAUGCCAUAUCAGAAUAUUUACACGUGCACGAUUCACGAAAACGCUCUGGCCAUUCUCCAGUGCGGAUCCUCGGCGGGCGCUUAGACACUCUUAACCCCUGCCAAAGGUUAUGCAGCGCUCGUCACAUCACCCCUGCCACUGCAACGCCAAUAUAAGCUAGCGCUAUCACACUUGUGCGAAUCAUGCACGCUUUCAUCUACGUCAAGCCUUACCCAGCAUUAUUUGCUCUACCUUUGAGUCAAGCCUGAGCGUUUCUCGCUAGGGUUGCUUGCACUUGGCCACGACCCCCUGCUGCUCAACGCUGCGUUCGUUCGUCAAGUACAAUUUAACUCUUUCAAGUUAUUGAAUGUGGCUUUUCUAUUUCACCCGGCAUUUACAAGGUGAGAAUCAGGGCCUGGAAACACGUCUAUUAAAUCGUAGCCAUGGCACCAUCUGGCUGCACCCAUCUGCCUUGAUUCUGCGUCUGCCAGCAUUUGUUGUUUGUUUUUUCUGUUGUCUUGACAGCAUUACACUCCUUUCUUUUGCAUCAUGAAGCUGCCACUCGUUUUCUCUCUGCUUCAUUUGGCGGCCGCCGUGACCGUACCUCCAUCGCCGAACCAACUGGCCCCUUUGUAUCGCCGAACAGAAUUAGCAAGCCGCGAUGACUCCGAUCAUUAUAUUGUCAAAUUCCGUCAAAAUAGCCCCAUGACCUUGAUCACCGACGUAAUCGAUCGCAUCUCCGUCCUCAACUCUGGCAAUGCCAACAGCCAUGCCAAGCACGUCUUCAACCACGCCAUCCAGGGGUUUUCUGGGCACUUGAACCCAGCCAUGGUCCGAGUUUUGCGCAUGCUUCCUGAUGUAGAAUACCUUGAGCAGGAUGGCGAGGCUGUCGCUAGUGGUAUGGUGACCACCAACGGAACCACUUGGGGCCUUGCUCGGAUUUCGCACCGCAAGGCAGGACGCAAAGACUACACGCGAGACGACUCCAACGGCAACGGCACAUGUAUCUACUUUGUCGACACGGGAGUGGACGACACGCACCCUGAAUUCGAGGGCCGCGCCCACCAAAUCAAGUCGUUUAUCCCCAACGUAACCAUCGACGACUCGGGCCAUGGCACCCACUGCGCUGGCAUCGCCGCCUCCAAGAACUACGGCGUAGCAAACAAGGCGACCGUAUACGGCGUGAAAGUUCUGCGUGGCGAUCGUCACGGCGCUUGGUCCGAUGUCAUUGCCGGCCUCGACUUUGUGCUGAAGGAUGCGCCAUCACGUUCGUGCCCCUACGGCGUCAUUGUGAACUUCUCCGUGGGUGGCAGCUACCAGCAGUCGGUCAACGACGCAGCCAAGCGCGUAGUCUCGAGCGGAUAUUUCAUGGCUGUUGCAGCAGGAAACGAAAACGACGACGUGACCCAGCAUUCGCCGGCGUCGGAGCCGUCCGUGUGCACUGUAGGGGGAACAGACGAGUUCGACACCAAGUACAGCGAUUCGAACUGGGGCACGUCGAUUGACAUCAUGGCGCCGGGCGUGUCGGUGCUUUCUACCGUACCGAACAACGGAACCGGGUCGUACUCUGGCACAUCCAUGGCGACGCCACACAUUGCCGGUCUCGCGGCGUAUCUAGGCGCCAGGGACAAGAAGAAGGUCACUCCGGAUGUGUGUGCGCAGAUUGUCAAGAUGGGCACGAAGAAUGUCAUUACCGGACUUAGCAAGUCGACGGUUAAUCUGCUUCCGUUUAACGGGAACCCCUCUGGCUAAGCGAUCCUAUGUGGUACACAUGUAUGCCGCCAUGGACGUAUGUAUACAUGCGUACAACCACAGCAACAUCGGAAUUGGUCUUUGUUCAGUUCAUGUUCGUCUUCAUAGUAUCAUGAUUCCCUCGCAUAUUAUUUUACGUGUAUUUCGAAGCCUUUCUCUUCUCUACUAUUCGCUUUCCUUCUUGACCGUUUCUUGGACCAUCGUCUCUUAUUAGCCGACACAACACGUUCCAACCCCUCAUUGGACCAGAUAUCGCCACACCCUUGUGAAAAGAAACCCAAUAAAAAUUGAAAUCGCAGUUUCCAUGA